CUUCUCAUAUUAUUCAUCCCUCACAGUGCACACUCGUACUAAGUCUGUCAUUUUUUUUUAUCAAACAGUAGUGAUUCAAGUACUCCACACUAUCAAUGUCUGUCAUGGCCAUGGGAGAAGAUCAACAUGAAGCUCCUCAGAAUCAAUUGAAACCAACCCCCUUGGAAUCCAACUCGAAGACCAAUAAGAAGCGAACUGCCCAAAAACAACAACAAGAAGAAGCUCCCCAACGACAACGAGACAAGCAGUUUCGCGGGGUUCGUAAAAGGCGGUGGGGCCGCUAUGUCUCUGAGAUACGACUUCCUGGUCAAAAGACGCGUAUAUGGUUGGGGUCAUUCGGAUCAGCUGAGAUGGCAGCUCGGGCUUACGACUCGGCGGCCUUGUUUUUGAAAGGCAACUUGGCCUCUCUCAACUUUCCGGACAUGGCCCACUCAUUGCCUCGCCCGGAAUCAUCUUCCAGGAGAGACAUUCAAUCCGCCGCCGCCAAAGCCGCUCUUACACUUUCUGAGAAUAAUCGCUCAGCUUCCGCUUCCACUUCCAGUUCGGAGGAGGACUUUUGGUGCGGCUUUGAUUUCGAUUUCGAUUUCGAUUUCAAUAUGUGUACAACAAGUUCUUCUUUUCAGCAAGUGAAUAAUGCAACAGCUGAAGCUCCCCCGCUAUUCAUGAUGAGUCCACUGAGUUUCGACUCAGUCGAUCUCUCUCAACCUCAACCUCAACCUCAACCUCAAGACUUAACGGGUCUUCCCAUUCCUUCGCCUACUGAUGAUGAACUUUUCUUGGCUUCCUAUUUACAUAUGUGAAUUUUUAUUUUUAUUUUUAUUUUUGAAAGAAGUGAAAUUUUGUUUUAUUUUUUUAAAAAAAUCUUAAUUUCCCAAAUGUAAAAAAUAUAUAUAUAUAUAAGAUAAGGUAACAAAACCAUCCAUGUUAAUAUGAGAAAAUUUAGGCACAAAACUUUUGUUAUAGCUUAAGUUAAUAGAUUAUGAACGAUGGAGAUAAAGUAAAGUAAUGGGUUUGUGUCAAAUUGUAACAAAAGCUGUUAAAUAAAUUGUGAAGCACUGUAUUAAUAUACAAUUUCUACU